UGAUCUGACUGAUGAAAAUAUUAAGCAAUUUGUUGCUAGCAAAGUCUGGAAGCAAAAACUUAUUAAGUACUUUGAUGCUAGUGACUUCUCCGAAUUUAAAAAAUCUCAAUCUUCGCUCAAGUCUCUUGAAAACUUUAUCUCUAAAAGUUUGAAAAUCUAUGUCAAAUAUCUAAUUGCAAUUCGUAACCAAGAAAAACCAUCUUAUAGUGAAGAUGUAUUGGCAAAAAUUAAGAAGCUUGAUUAA